GCCUCUAGGGAUGGACGGUCAGACUCUGCGAAAGGUGGAGAGAAGCCGGUCCUGCUCUCGGGAAAAAAAGGAGGGUUACACUAAGGACAUGGUGACAGACUUUGAUGAGAAACAUGAUGAGUAUUUAAUAUUGCUCCAGCAGAGGAACCGGAUAUUAAAGCAUUUGAAAACCAAAGACCCCCUGCAAUUGAGACUAGAGCACUUGGAGCAGGGCUUCUCUGUCUAUGUCAAUGGGGCCAACUCGGAGCUGAAGGCGGCGCCACGGAGAGCCGUCCACGCCAUCUCCUCCAGAAGUGCCUCGCUCGCCGAGGGGACACAUGAUUGCGGACGAAGAACCCUGUUUCGAGAAGCUGAAGAAGCUUUAAGACGCGAUUCACGGACAGCCCCCAGCAAAGCCCAGCGCCGCGGAUGGCACCAGAAAUCUGUGCAGAUCAGAACAGAAGCUGGCCCGCGGCUCCACAUCGAACCUCCUCUGGACUAUUCUGAAGAUUUUGAGCCAUGUGAGGAUGUGAUUGUCAAUGCAAAGGCUGCUUCUGGGGGUCCCCCACAGGACUCCAGAUUUCCCACCAGCACCACGCCCUGUGACGUUAACUUCUCCCUUCAGAACGCACGUGGACAUCCUGACCCUCCAAACAGUAUGGACGAAGCAAGGAUCCUCCUAACUAUUCAAGAUGUAACGGAGCUAAGAAAAAGCCUAGAGCGUAGUGUAAAUCUACAAAGGAAAGAAGAGGAUUGUUCCAGUGACGAGUAUGACUCCAUUGAAGAAGAUGUAGUCUCUGAGCCCGAGCCUGAGGACGAGGCACUGGUGGGCUAUCCCAGACAUGACCCCCCUCUUUCCAGGGGAGAGUCAGUGCAGAAGGACGCUCCUGAGGACCAGCAGACAAAAGGACCCCUUCCACAGGGCCCUGACACCCUCGUGGUGCUGGAAUUUAACCCAACUUCCAAAAGUAAUAAGAAGGAAAGGAAUUUGUCUGCUAAGCGAAAGAACAGUGCUGAGGUCGUCAUUCCCAGCAAGCCAGAGCCAGCCCUGACUCCCCAGCCCCCCACUGUGUUCCCAGACCAGGAGAGGCCAUGUUCAAGACCUGGAAGCCGACGAGAGAGACCCCUGUCAGCAUCCCGAAAACCUGUGCUCCAGGCUGAGGACCCACGGGAAGACGCAUCGGCUGUGCUCAGAGCCAUCCAGGUGGAGAACGAGGCCCUGCAGAGGGCGCUUCUGAGCAGGAAGGCCGAGCCCCCCAGCAGCCCGCUGCAGGUGCAGCAGCUUCCCAUCACCGAGGUGACCAGCGCACAGGAGCCAUCCAGGGCAGCAGGGGGAGCCAGAGCCGUCAGCGAAGCCAUUGACAGAAUCGGCCUCUUGGGGAGCAGACAACAGCAGAAGCUUCUGAAAGUCCUCCAGGUCAUCGAAAGUGACUCUGCCCACGUCAGCCGGGUGGCUUCGCCAACUGAGGAGCAAGUGCUGGACCCAGAGGACACACUGAGAACGCAGGCAGAAGGAGUGAAAGAUGCCAUCUACGUGACAGUGGAAAUCCUGUCCAACUGGGGCAGCCCGUCGUGGGUGGGCCUCACGGAAGUCGAGUUCUUUGACCUGAGCAACACGAAGCUGUACGUGUCGCCUCAUGACGUGGACGUCCGUAACACCGACGCGCCCGGGGCCCUGGGCCAGCUGGUCAACAGGACUUUGGCUAGCAAGGAAGAGCCCUCCUUGUGGACGAGCCCCUUCCGCCCGCCGCUCCAGCUCUCUUUCGUGAUCCGCAACACGAGACUGCUGCGAGCCUUUGGUCUGGCCAAGAUCAAGGUUCGGAAUUACUGGACGGCUGAUGGCGAUCUUGACAUCGGUGCCAAGAAUGUGAAGCUCUAUGUCAACAAAAACCUCACCUUUGAUGGCCAGUUAGACCAGGGAGAUGGGGAGGCCCCCGCCGAGCUGACCGUCCUGGUCGGCCCGAGCCGUGAGCAGACCGAGGGAACGGAGGACGAUGUCCACGCCCACUUGGAGGACGGCCACGGUGCCCGCGCGGUGGUCGGCCCGAGCCGUGAGCAGACCGAGGGAAUGGAGGACGAUGUCAACGCUCACUCGGAAGACGGCCACGGUGCCCGUGCGGUGGUCGGCCCGAGCCGUGAGCAGACCGAGGGAAUGGAGGACGAUGUCCACGCCCACUCGGAGGACAGCCACGGUGCCCGCGUGGUGGUCGGCCUGAGCCGUGAGCAGACCGAGGGAAUGGAGGACGAUGUCCACUCGGAGGACAGCCACGGUGCCCGCGCGGUGGUCGGCCUGAGCCGUGAGCAGACCGAGGGAAUGGAGAACGAUGUCCACUCGGAGGACAGCCACGGUGCCCGCGCGGUGGUCGGCACAGGCGGGGGCGAGGAGCUCCGUGUCGUGGGCUCGCCGCCGGCUGCAGCAGCACUGGACGCGAAGGCUUCUCCACCCGGAGCUUCAUUUGGCGAAAGGACGAAUCCCCCUGAUUGCACGGAAGACACUUUGUCCAAGUUAGAGGAUGACUUCAGCCUGUUGGCAGCCCCAGCCCCCGUGGAGGGCGAGCCAGGCGCCCCUGCCCCCGGGCCCCCGGUGGGAUGCCCUCCUCUGGACCGGGAGCUCUCACUGAUUCAGCAGCUGGAAAACCUCGCGGGCAGAAAAGUCUCUGAGCCACCAGGGAAAACCCCGUCCUGGCUGCAACCCUCUGCCACAGGGAAAGGCAGGAAGCAGGGAGGCAAGAAGCCCAAACCCCUCUGGCUGAGUCCUGAGAAGCCCCUGGAGUGGGCAGACAGCCUGCCAGAGGACGUCAUCGGUGAGGGGCCUGCAGAGGCCACGGGCAGAGGCCCCAGGCGUGAGCAAGGGCGGCCCAGCAGCUGGACUGUCCUCUCAGGAGAGAGAGCCCGGAGGGUGACCCCCAGAGUCUGCAGUGAUGACUUUGACAUCUUCAACCGGCCCUCCAACAGGGAGCGCCCUGCUAGUGGGAGGAGGGGCCCGAAGCGGGGUGCCCUCGGCAGCGGCCAUGCCGACGGCCCGCCCGCCGGCAGAGAAGAUGCCAGGUCCAGCAGGACGCCGCCGCGGUCCCAGUGGCGCAGUGAGCAGGAGCACACGCUGCACGAGUCGUGGAACUCCCUCAGUGCCUUUGACCGCUCCCACCGGGGACGCAUCGCCGACACGGAGUUCCAGGGGGACGUCCUGGACGAGUUCCUGCAGCAGCAGCAGCAGGGCAGCCGGCAUGGCCUCCAGCCACCCCCCCGAGAGGAGAAGCCAGAGCCUGCGAGAGAGCCGGACGGCUGCUCCACGGACACAGACGACGGGAGCGACUUUAAAAUCCCCGUCUUGCCUUAUGGACAGCACUUGGUCAUCGACAUCAAGUCCACGUGGGGGGACAGGCACUAUGUCGGCCUGAACGGAAUAGAAAUAUUCAGUUCCACGGGAGAGCCCGUGCAAAUUGCAAACAUCCAAGCAGACCCCCCUGACAUCAAUAUUUUACCAGCUUAUGGGAAAGACCCCCGGGUGGUCACCAACCUCAUCGACGGGGUGAACAGGACCCAGGACGACAUGCACGUCUGGCUGGCCCCCUUCACACCGGGCAGGUCCCACUCGGUCUCCAUCGACUUCACAACCCCCUGCCACGUCGCCCUGAUCAGGAUUUGGAAUUACAAUAAGUCGCGGAUACAUUCCUUCCGUGGCGCGAAGGACGUGGAGAUCCUGUUGGACGCACAGUGCAUCUUUAACGGGGAGAUCGCCAAGGCCUCGGGGACCCUGACGGGAGCCCCCGAGCACUUUGGAGACACGAUCUUAUUCACGACCGACGACGACAUCCUGGAGGCCAUCUUCUGCUCGGAUGAGACGUUUGACGUGGACGCGGAGAGCCGCUGCAGCCCGCAGGGCGAGGAGGCGCUGCGGAGGCCCCGCACUGCCGAUGGCACUGGGGAGGAGAGGCCCUACACCCAGGCCGGCCUGCGGGCCCAGGGCCAGGUCCCGGAACUAGAGCUGCCACCCGCUACCCCUGUCCCCGAAGUCAACACUCCGGAACCGGGCGUCUACCACGGGGUCUGCCUUCAGCUGAACUUCACCGCCUCGUGGGGGGACCUGCACUACCUGGGGCUCACGGGCCUGGAAGUGGUGGGCAAGGAGGGCCAGGCCCUGCCCAUCGACCUGCACCAGAUCUCCGCCGCCCCCAGAGACUUAAAUGACCUCCCCGAGUACACGGAUGACUCCCGGACCCUGGACAAGUUGAUCGAUGGAGCCAACAUCACGAUGGAGGAUGAGCACAUGUGGCUGAUCCCCUUCUCGCCGGGGCUGGACCACGUGGUCACGAUCUGCUUCGACAGAGCCCAGAGCAUCGCCGGCCUGCGCUUCUGGAACUACAAUAAAUCUCCCGAGGACACCUAUCGAGGGGCCAGAACCGUCCACGUCUCCCUGGACGGCCUGUGCAUCUCCCCUCCAGAGGGCUUUCUCAUCCGGAAGGGGCCCGGCAACUGCCACUUUGAUUUUGCACAAGAGAUCCUCUUUGUGGACUGCCUGCGAGCUCCGCUCCUGCCCCCGCCGGCCCCCAGGCUCCACACAAAAAGCCUGGAGCGGGCAAGCAUGGACUACGAGGCACCGCUGAUGCCCUGUGGCUUCAUUUUUCAGUUUCAGCUCCUGACCAGCUGGGGUGACCCCUAUUACAUCGGCCUCACCGGCCUGGAGUUGUACGAUGAGCGGGGAGAGAAGAUCCCUCUGUCGGAAAACAACAUCGCCGCCUUCCCGGACAGCGUCAACUCCCUGGAGGGCGUGUGCGGGGACGUCCGGACGCCCGACAAGCUCAUCGACCAAGUGAACGACACCAGUGACGGCAGGCACAUGUGGCUGGCUCCCAUCCUGCCUGGCCUGGUGAACCGGGUGUAUGUGAUUUUCGAUCUGCCUACCACCGUGUCAAUGAUCAAGCUGUGGAACUACGCGAAAACACCCCAUCGAGGGGUGAAGGAGUUUGGCCUCCUGGUGGACGACCUGCUCGUGUACAACGGGAUCCUGGCCAUGGUGGGCCACCUGGUCGGGGGCAUCUUGCCCACGUGCGAGCCCACGGUGCCCUACCACACCAUCCUCUUCACCGAGGACGUGGACGCCGCCCACCAGGAGAGACGCACCGCCGUCAGCAGUCGGGUGGAGGACCAGGACGUGCAGAUGCUGAACGAGAACCAGAUCGUGAGCAGCGCGAGAAGGAAGCAGGGUGCGGUGGACCCAGCCUUACGCCCCAAAACCUGCAUAAGCGAGGAGACGGCGAGACGGUGGCGAUGCUGACUGGUGAAGGAGGGAGAGCGGGUCCUCUCGGUCAGCCUGGGGCUCCCUCACUGCCCCCCUCAGCACCCUGUCCCCCCUCAGUCCCCAGUGUCAGCCAGCCCAGACCCCAGAGACUGGAAGAGAGCCCACUGGGGAGAAGGGACUUGAGGGGUGGACGGUCUUGGAAAAGAGGGGUCACCGGCGGGAGGAGGCAGGGCUCUGCUGUGGGCGCAGUGGCUCCCACCUUUCCAGUGAGACCCGGCAAAGCAGGCCCGGCUCACGCUCCGCCGUCCUGGGCCCUGAGCCAGGCUGACUCUGGAGGAGGCAGUGGGCUGGGGAGGCCUCCCCCCAGCCGGGAGCGCUGGGCGGAGGGCAGGGCCAGGCCGCAAACACCGGCACUCGGGGGGGUGGCCCUGGGGGUGCCGUCCCAGACUGCAACAGCCCCUUUUCACCAGUGGACAGGACAGACUCCCUCGGGGCCCGGUUCUGCAAGGCUCCGUCCUCUGGCCAAGGGCCUGUUGCUGCUGAGGGAAGGGAGGGAGCUGCCCAGAUAGGACUGGCCGGCAACUCGGCCCCAGAUGCCUCUGGCCGAAGGCAGGGAGGCAGAGGACCAGGGCCACCCGAGCUCCUCCCCUUCCACCUGAACUCGGAGGGACCUGCCCUCCCGCUCGCCGAUGAUGGCGGCUCCUCUUGCUGGCUCUCUCCCUUGCAGUCCUGCCCACGCCCUUGGCCCUUGCGUAGGGCAGGGAGGCUCCUGCUGCCCGCCCCGCGCUCCCCUCCUCCAGCAGCUUCCCAGCCAGUUGGAAACGUGCCCCCCCCCCUUCCCCAGCAAAGCCCAGAACACGUCUAUUUCCAUCUAUGUAACAAGCUCGGAUCAUGGACCUAAUUGGCUUCCCAGUGGGGGGUCAUUUCUCCUUCCCACUAUGGAUCCGUUGCUUUCCUGGCGCCCAGCCCGGCGUCACUGUCCUCCAGUGCGUCCCUGUGCAACCCCGAGCUGGCGCAUGCUUCACGCUUUAGCUUCCCGGGCAGCCAUGCAAACGCGCUUCUCAUUUGGAGU